AUGACUGAACGCAAGGCGGUGAUCAAGAACGCUGAUAUGCCGGAGGAGAUGCAGCAGGACUCCGUGGACAUCGCAAAUCAGGCCCUGGAGAAGUACAACAUUGAAAAGGAUAUUGCUGCUUACAUCAAGAAGGAAUUCGACAAGAAGUAUAACCCUACAUGGCACUGCAUUGUUGGCCGUAACUUUGGCAGCUAUGUGACACAUGAGACAAGGCACUUCAUCUACUUCUACCUGGGCCAAGUUGCCAUUUUGUUGUUCAAAUCUGGAUGA